CUGUUGUUUCUCUGCUCACUUGCGUUUCCUGGUUGUUUCCUCCUUUUGUUUCUUUCAACUGAUUCCCCUUUUGCACUGUUUCCAUUCUUGCUCUUCUCCAUCUUGGAUACCCAUCCAGCAUUCUUUCUUGUAUUCUCGUCUUCAGAUUACAAAAUGGGUCCGCUGGCGGGCCGCAGAUGGUCUCGCAUACCAUCACUCCUCCUCCUCGCCUCUACAAUCCUACCCUCCAUUCAGGCUUCCGCCAUCUUCUCUCGCCAAUCCAGUCAAUGUGGUGGCAAGCCGGACCUUCAACAGUGUGGUGGAGACUUUCCCUCGGAAUUUUGCUGCAGUGCCGACUCUACAUGUACCAGGUUGAACUCUACCGACAUCCAAUCGGUCAUAUGCUGUCCCAAAGGCGAGAACUGCGACGCCAUCCAGCCUCUUGAUUGUGACGCCUCUCUCUACAACGCAACUCUACAUCCCGAAAACCAGAUUCACAUCUCGGAUACCGACGUCAAACUCCAAAAAUGCGGCGCUUCGUGCUGCCCACCCGGCUACACUUGCAAUGGAAACAUCUGUAUUGCUAGCAAACAAAAACCUUCUUCGUCCAGUUCCGCAACGCCCUCAGCCACCAAGCCGGCCUCUGCCUCUCAAACCGAUGAGUGUCCGCCUGUCCCAACAGCACAUGCAGCUCCGUCCUUUGACGGUAAAGCUUUCGCUGCCGGUUUCUUCCCAGGCAUAGUCGUCGGUGCUCUCGGGGUAAUCGGACUCAUGUGGAUCAUCAAAAAACGCAAAAAGACCGAUGAGAAACGCUAUUCUGGAGACUUCGGCCAUGUAGCGCGUACUAUCAGUGAUCCAAUAUAUAAUCCCAUGUACAGUGACCGUACCGACUUCAUCAGACGCCCAUCACACUCCACCACCAACACCGCUCCGAGUGUCCAGAAGAACAUCGGUACGCGUGCUGCGGGAGGCGGUGCAGUCGAAGGCUUCACACCCAGAAUCAAGAGCAUGUGGGACCGCACACCGAAGCUCGGCAUAGGCGUCUGGAGUGGCCUCCCGACUACACCACAACCCACAGCACAUAACGGGGAUAGGGACCCAUAUAGAACCCCAGUCGCAGUACAGGAGCCCACACCCGAGCGAACUCGUUCCAAGCGGAGAAGGAAGAAGUCGAAGCGUACCACAGACGCCCUUAGCACGAGCUCCGAGACCAUCGAAGUGUUGAUGCCUCCUGCUGCGUCACUGGCUCCCGCUCCAGCUUUCCUGCAACCCCCCAAAGCACCUGGUAUGCGCGAGAACCGCUUCACGCAGGAUUCAGGUCAUACCACUUUCACAAAACUGAUGGAACGUGCUGGAUAUGGCGACGACACAACAAACGAUGUCAGGAACUUCAGUUCUGGUCAGCAACGCAACUACUAG